AUGUCUCAAGUAAACGAUCCUUCCAUGCCACCAGCUCAUGGUGGUGGCUAUCAGCCAGGUUCCCGUGUUAGUCCUGUGCAAGAACAGCACUCUGCACAGUCGAAUUCUCAACCUCAUGGUGGUGGCUAUCAGCCAGGUUCUCAUGUUAGUCCUGUACAAGAACAGAACUCUGCACAGCCGAAUUCUCAACCUCACGGUGGACACUAUCAGCCUGGCCAACGACGCCAGAAUGUUCCCAUACAGAAUGCUCCUGGACUAGCCCAAGCCCAGAUACCUGCAGCACCACCUGGGGUUAGUACACAUCAGACUGCCUGGCAGCAUCAACCGUGGCAUCCACAGCAACCAAACUUCAUCCCCAGUCCCAUUCAACCUCAUAUGGGUUACAACCCGGCAAACCAACCUCACCAGGACAAACAGCCUAACCAGAGGGAACCAUUUAUGGAGGCCGUUGAACGGGGAGGAUCACGCGGUAUAGCUGAUACUAUCACCGCAGUUGGCCAUCACCAUCACCGAACGUAUCAAAGAGGCUAUGCGAAUCUUUUCCACGAAAGAGCCAGGGCCCGAUGGGAAUAUCCAAACUCCUACCAAAUGCCUGGGUUGAGCUAUACCUCAACAACGAACGAGCGUCACCGAGAUAUAUUGCAACGAAUCCACGAGGGAACAGACGAUGACAGGUACAUCAGCCCAACUGAUGGCCGUGUUUCCAAACUUGUUGUCCAAGCCGCACAAGAUGUUUACGACGGUCCGCAGAAUUCUACCUGGAGGAGAACAUUCAUUCGCAAUGUCUGCCCAAUUUACAUGCAAUUAGCCAAUUUCCCCUUCAGCAAUGUCCCCACAGAUCCUGGGCUGUGGACCAGCGACGACUGGGCCAUGCUCCUUUGCCAACCCCAGGCCGCACAAGGUGAGAUAAGGCGUAACGGCAUGUAUGACCCUGUCAACUAUCGCUAUUGGGGAUAUCCAAAAGCAGCAAGAAAUCAUUAUGAGAGCGCGGAGUGUGUUGAUCUUCUUCCUCACGCUGGAGCGACCAACAACCUUAUGAUACCGCGUGUUCUUGGUCCAAGAUAUCUCUGUUUCCUGAAAGAGCCUUCUGAAUCGCAAAUGCGCGGCGUCAGUGUACGCAAAGUCGACCAGUCAACAGCCGGCAUGCCAUACAUCUUCAUAGCAUACACGGCUGAGCAGUUCGAACAAGAAGAUCUUGAGGACCUUCAUUCCAUUGCUGAAAGAGCAGCCAGAGAUGCUGGCGUACCUGCCUACUGGGUAGGAUGCAGCUGCAUGCAAGAUGAGGACCAGGUAGAAGAUGAUGUGUAUCGCAUCAGCGAUGUAAUGCGCGGAGCCCAUUCUCUCAUCAUUGCCGUUGGUCCCUCUCGUCGGCGACCAGACUGGGAUACCCCGGAUGCGAUGUUGCAGCUAUGGGGGGAGAGAAUGUGGACGUUACCCGAGGCUCUACUGAGUCCUGCAGACAAGGAUAUCAAAGUCUACACCCGGGGAAACACUGGUCCUCCUCGAGUGAUCUCGAAGAAGCAAUUUCCUACCGUUGUUUGGAACGAUCCACUCAUCUCCAGACAACUUGUCGAUCACUUCAACAACACUCUGAGUCUCAGUCCUCUAGAGCUAGUUUCUAUUGCUUUGAACUGUCUGCGAAGCAGAAACACAACCCAGUAUCUUCCCGGCGACUUAUCCUAUGCGCUUAUGGGUCUUCUGCUCCAACGACCACAAAUCGACCAAACAGAUUCCGAUUUCCAGGCAUUUGCCAGGCUGUCUCUUGCCAAUGACAGCGAUAUGCUCCUCGAGCGCCUCAUCUGCAUGCUUCCCAAGAACCAAAAUGCGCCUUGGCUAGCCAUGGAUGACGCCUGGAACUCCAAUCUAUGGGAUAUUUACCCAAAUUGUCAAGUCGCUGGAGUAGGCCACGAUGACACGGUCAUGUUAGACGGCGCAUUCGGCGCCGCCAUACGAUGGAAAGCAUUUGCCACCGUAGCUUCUGUCGGAAGGGAGUCGUGGAGACGGCUCGGAUCUCGAAUAGUCCUUCAUACAACACCGCUCUUUUUCCUCAUUGGUAUUAUCCUCAUUGCAUUCGGUGUCGCCAUCCCCCUAGCCGCCGUCUUGCUCCUGGGUUCCUUGCUCAUCAUCAUCAUAUCACCCUACCUGGUUCGUGUCCUGUAUUCCGGCAAAAUAUGGGGAUCACAAGCGUGGUUUUUCGGUUUUGAAGGCUACCUCGACCUCGCAACAAUUGAAUCACACAUCUUUGGUGCGUACAUGGGUCGCCUGCAUUGGAGCCCGUCUGGCAGCUCAAUAUCGAAGCAUAUGAUGAACGAACACAAAGAAUGCGUUGGUGUUGACCCAACUAUGGAUCCACAAGUCAAAGCAAUGGUUGAGCAGGCUAAAAAUAGCCCUUAUGGUGCCAUGAAGGUGUUUACGCUUGUCGAUACAUAUACCUUGACUGUGACCAUGUUCCUGGCCGUCAGGCCGCCAGUAGCGGUGCUCAUGUGUGGGCAUGAAGGAGGGAAGCAGCGAGCCAUUCUAUGCUCUUAUGCUUGGAAGAGCCAGACGUUCUAUCGGGAGACGGUGCUGAGGAUGGAGACGCCUGUGUUGGAACAGAUGUUCCGAGUGAAUCGAUUCCGGUUUGGGUUGCAGAGGCCGUUGUCGCAAGUUCGCUGA